AUGAAGAAGGUUAUCGACCACAUGACCGGAGCCGGCAAGCCCGAGGCCGAGAUCAACGAAUUCAAGAAGAAGAUCCAAGCCUGGGUCGUCGGUCUGCUCGCCAAGGACAAGUUCAAGACCCUCUCCUUCUACGUCGGAGAGCGACAAGCCGAGGGCAACGGCGAAGGACAAGUGUGCAUCGUCGAAUACCGUGACGUUGAUGGCGAGGAGGUCCCCACCCUGUUGCUGGUCAAGCAGGCGCUGGAGGAGGAGAAGUGC